UGCUUUUGUCCUUAUGUCAGUUCCUGAUGUAGUCUGAAUCCAUUUUCCACUUUCACUGUGAUUUUAAAGAGAAGCAGAUAAUUAUGCUCUGCAAAUUUCAUGAAAGCUGAUGUGAGAGUGGAAGACAGGAACCCAAAAUAGUGGUGAGAAGAAGACAAAAUAAUCUCUGCCAAUGGAUUACAUGGCAUCAGCACAUGAAAGAGGCAGAACAUCCAUAGGUUGGACCACCUGCAAUGAGCAGCUGUCACAGGAGACUUGGGGACAGAGGGUUUGGGUGAGGGUUACACCAAGGUGUUUCUGCUGAGUCAUUGACAAAAAGUGUCAGAUGAAGUUGUAUGAGUUGAUGCAAAGCUUAAUAGCCAAACUUUUGCCAUUUGCUUGGAAAGCACAUUUGUUUUUACCUCUCCUACAAGAAGAAGUAGUAAAUUUUUAAGUGAGCUGUUACACACUAUUGUCACUUAUGAACCUGACAGCACAGACGGAGGCCAGGUCUUGGAUUCUGGGAAGGGAGGAGCUGUGCUAAGACCUGUUGGUACAACAGAAUCAGCACAGAGCCUGUGCCUGCCCCGUGUUGAUCCAGCUGCUGGGUCAUUCCUGUUGCUAAAAAAUCCCCUAGAAGUAGAAAAGCAGAAAAUGGAUUUCGAAAGGACUCUUCUCUGAAACAAGGGUUAUUUACAGCAUUUAAGAGAUUAUGAGAAAUGAAACUUUUUUUAAAAAUACAUUCAAACACUGCAGGCUUCCGGCUGCCCUUGACAAGAAACUUCAUCUAAAAAUAAUUUUCCAAACUGUGCUUCCAAGAAUCAAAGAUUUGCAUCUGUCAUAACUAUAAAUUUUCCCUCUUCUACAUUUCUCCUUUUUUUUGUCUAGGAAGGCUGAGAGAGCCAUGUGGAAUUUGUUAUUGUCGAUCUGGUUUGCUAGUAGGGAUUCUUUUCCAACACAAAAUUCAAUGUCUAUUCCAAAUCCUGGUGCUCUUAGUCUGUCCAUAUGUCCUGCAACUUUUGGAAAGCAUACAUUAAUUAGCAAAUUGGAUGGAAAUUGCAUCUUCCACUGUGGUGAUAUAGUGGCAUACCAGCACUGAGCCCCCAAGACCUGAGUGUCACUACCUAAAAGCCAAGCACAAGUUAACCACCUUAAUUUCCUGGCUGUGUGUGCCACCAGGUCUGCACAGGGUGGUGGGUGACAAAAGGACGUGGGGAUCUCUCCAAUGUGAUGCUUGGAGCCAGGACACACUUACCUUGGUGCCUUUCCAUGGGCGAUAAGUUGGAGCACAAGCAAUUGGUCCUUCGACUUUGCUCCUCUCUGCUCAGCAGCAAACCAGGGGGAAGGCCUGCCCCAAACAACAGGCACAAGGUGCCACCAGCUGCCUGCCUUUUAGUCAUCGCUCUCCUCCGAGUAGGGAUUAAUUCCAAUUUCAAGGAGAGCUGCCUCUGCCGGCCAGGCAGAGCUUCUGCCCGCAGCCACAGGACGUGUGCCGGGCAGGGGUCAGCGGCGUUGGGCUGCAUCGUGGCUUUCCAUCCGUGUUUGCUUUCCGGGCGUGGGUGCCGAGUUCGGCAGACCGGAAAGGUAAGUUGGGUGGCUUUUCUGCAGGAGACAAAGCCCAACCUGCUGCUCCAGCUCCCGAGGGGCCCGGGGCACAGCGAGGGCAAGUGGGGCGUUGGCAGGGCGAGCAGGGCCCAGUGAGGGCAAGGGGUGUGCCGGUAAGAUGAGUAAUGCCACACGUGCUGUGUCCUCUCCUGUGGCACCUGGCACCCUGGGGCCUGGCACUGUGGCCCAGCUGGCCUCAGCCCUCCCAUCCCCAGCCUUUUCCCUGCGGAUGGCUGCCCACAACAACUCCCAGGAUGGCCAGCAGCUCUUCCUGACCACGACAACGGCGCAGGCCAUCUCUGGCAUCUUCGUGUGGUCGGCACUCAUCGUCACCUUCCACCAGAUCUACACACACCUGAGGAAUUACACCAUGCCCAAGGAGCAGCGCUACAUCAUCCGCAUCCUCUUCAUCGUGCCCAUCUAUGCCUUCGACUCCUGGCUCAGCCUCCUCCUCCUCGGCAGCCACCAGUACUAUGUCUACUUUGACUCGGUUCGUGACUGCUAUGAAGCUUUUGUGAUUUACAGCUUCCUGAGCCUGUGCUUUGAGUAUCUUGGAGGGGAGAGCAACAUCAUGACAGAGAUCCGAGGGAAGCCCAUUGCAUCCAGCUGCUUUUAUGGGACCUGCUGCCUUCAGGGCAUGUCUUACUCCAUCGGGUUCCUGCGCUUCUGCAAGCAGGCCACACUGCAGUUCUGCAUCGUGAAACCCCUCAUGGCAAUCGUCACCAUCAUCCUGCAGGCGUUCGGGAAGUACCACGAUGGAGACUUCAAUGUCCAUAGUGGAUACCUCUACAUCACCAUCAUCUACAACUUCUCCGUCAGCCUGGCACUUUACGCACUCUUCCUCUUCUACUUCGCCACCAUGGACCUGCUGCGCCCAUUUGACCCAGUCCUCAAGUUCAUCACCAUCAAGGCAGUCAUCUUCCUCUCCUUCUGGCAAGGGACACUGCUGGCAAUCCUGGAGAAAUGUGGGGUGAUCCCUGAAGUUCAGAUCAUCGAUGGGAAGGAGGUGGGAGCUGGGACAGUGGCUGCUGGCUACCAGAACUUCAUCAUCUGCAUUGAGAUGCUGUUUGCUUCCAUUGCCCUACGCUACGCGUUCACCUGCCAGGUGUACAGGGAGAAGAAAGAGAACUCGACAGCAAACCUUGCCCCGAUGCAGAGCAUCUCGAGUGGGCUGAAGGAGACCAUCAGCCCCCAGGACAUCGUGCAGGAUGCCAUCCACAACUUCUCGCCCACGUACCAGCAGUACACUCAGCAGUCAAUGCAGGAAGCAGAGCGCAAGGCACCAGGGCAGAACGGGCAUGUGGCCUCCAAAAUGGAUGGUCAGAGCAGCAGGAAGAGCAAAAACAUUGAGAAGAGAGUGCUGAUCCUGUCAGAUGAGGAGCUGUAGGAGAUAUCAGAAGGAACAGUGACACUGGAAAGAUUUAAACCCAUGCAAAUGGGAGGUGCCUCGAGGCUGAGACAACCUGGUCUAAUCAGAGCACUGGGAAGCCAGGAACUCUACCCAAAAAGCCAGUCUCUCGAAGGGAAGAUGCAAUAACCCAAGGAAAGGUUAAAUCAAACAGUGCCAGCUUCUGCUGUCCCAUCUCUCCUGCUGUUACGGAUGAGGCUGUGUUUGACCCUGCAUUGCUGCCCCACUGCUGGUGCCUCUGUGCCAGCCCCGUGCCAACACUGGGGGAUGCCAGGCAGGCAGGGGAGCCAGGGUGCAGGACAGACCAGCUGCCCUCGCUCUCCUCUUACCUCUAAGCAGUGCUGAGGCCUGAGAGAAAUGCUUUUCUCAGCACAGUUCUGUUCUAGUUUCUCCCAAUUUGAGUAAAAAAUGAUCUCCAAGGGCCCCGUGGAGAAAACUAGCCCAGGAAGGUGACUUCGCUUCACCUCAAAACCCGGUAAUGGUUGAAAGACGUCAUUCCUUAUUUUUACAUCUUUUCCCCUCUCCUUCUCCCAGAAAAGCCUACAGAGUUGUGCAAAAGACCUUUACCAUGGAAGAAGAGCAAGUCAUCUUCUUCUCCCUCCAGAUGUGGAUGCAGCUGUCUGAGUAACUCCCCCGGGAGCUCGGGCAGGACCUCACUGGGGCUAAUCAGAGGUCUGCAGCUGCAUUUCUGAGAUCUGCUGGUGACAGAAGCGCUUGUUUAUGUCUAAAGCAGCUUAUCUCUGAAUGGAUCAGAAGUUAAAAGGGAUUCCAGCUUCCUUAUCAGAGUCUUUAUUAGGGAACUGGACUGUGACUGGUGGUGGUAGGAAUUCAUUUACUGGGAACUGUCUGUUCCUCCUCAUCCUUCACUAUUCCUGGUCCCUGGGUGUUGCCUGACCUGUGGGAAGGCAGGUGGGAGCUGAGCCCAGUUGGGUGACCAUCGUGGGGAUAGAGAGGUGCUGGGGGAUGUCACCACUCAGGGCAGGACCACUGGUAGGGGAAGAGCCUGAAAGGAGGGAUUCUCCCUGUAUCAGUGAUGGAGAGUGCACAUCCUUCUGUUAAAUUUCCUCUCUGUUUUUUUUCCCCCCCAGUUUUUAGUCUGAUUUCUAUUCCCUUGUAAUCAGAUGAUCUCUGUGAACUUACCUAGGCACUGGUUGGGCUGUUGUCUGGGGUGGGAGCUGGGUAGUGGAAGGACGAGGGCAAGUCUGCAGCCUCAGAUUUGCAGUCGUGGCAAACAAACCGAUAGGUAAGGCCUGGAGCCCUGUUACACACAACUCCAAGCGUUUGGGUCCUUUUUUCCCCCCCUGCUCUUAAACUGCAAAAUGUAAAUCACAACAUGAAAUUAUUUUAUUUAUUUCUUUUUUCUAAUAAACAGCAAUUUCUAGCACGGAGCAAGCAUUUUCACUGAGCUCAGCAAGCAGAGCCCUCGAUCUGCUUGUUCCUGCUAUAAUGCUGAUGCUCUUAAGCUUAACGUCCUCCCUGCCCCUCAAUGCUGGCCCAGCAGAAAUACCUGCACACGCAGCAUCCUGCACAUUUUGGCAUUCCUGUGGGAUUUGUGCUCAUCUUUUUCACUCCACAAAGAAUGUGCAUGUCCCCUGCUUCCUCUCCUUGCGCAGCACCUCUUCCAACCCUCGCCUAAGAUGUGGGUGCAGUGGUUCAGAGGUGCUAGAUCUGGUUUAGCUAAGCUAAGCCCAGGCUCCAGCACCAACAAGACAACCAGUUGAUGAUUUUUGGAGAAAUCUUACCAUGCCGAAGCCCAGAUUCCACACAAGCAUCCUAUAGCUCAGCCAGUCUCGUGAGUCCCUGUGGUCCAAAGCUGCUCAUACCUGCUCAGCAGGUGAGACAGCUGCCACUUAUCCUGCAAGGAGGUCCAUAAACAAGAGCCAUAUGGUCUGCGCAUCCAGGCAUUCAUCCAGGAACCUGUGCAUCCUGGGAGCAGGACUGUCCUGCCCACAAAGUGCAGCCUCCGUGCUCAGGGACGAGGCUGCUUGGCUUUGUAACACAGCCAGCACCGAAAUAGGGACAUCUCAGCUGAGCAUCUCCAUCUUCACCCCUCUGGGAGAGGACGGCCACAGCUGCAGGAGCAGAGGCUGCUCCGGCUCCCGGGGCGAGGACAGACUGCAAAGGUGAUGAUGGCACAUCUGUCGACGCACUCGCAGCCGCUGAGAUAAAGACUUGCACAAGAACACAGCAAGAACUGUGGUUGUACUUCACUGCACAAAUGAUCGUCUCCGGUGCAUAAUGGGCUGCCUCCAUUGCUCUGCCAGCAGGUGCAAUUCCCACCGCAGACAAUAACAUUUGCCUAUUUAUGUCAAGCCCUGAUUACUGUAUUAUAUGUAAAACAGAUCUUUCUUGCAAGCCAAACAAGGGGGGGAAGAAAAAAAAGUCAGCUGUGACUCAUGCAAGUCAGCAGUGUGAUACCAGCCUGAAGGAGCCGUGCUGGGCUGGACACCAGCUGGCUGCCGCGACGGCAGCAGCAGGCACCCUCCCUGCUCCAGCCGGUGCAAGCUGGGCCUCCUGCUCGUCCUUUUUCUUGGAGAGGGGAGAGAGGCAAGAGCUGACGGCUCAGGCUGGGCGCUGUCACGGCCCUCCAACCCUUACACUGUCAAAGCGCAUCCACAGGGAACAGAAAUGCCAGCGGUGGUGUGGGCUGGAUGUGGUCCCACGCUCCUCUGCUAAUGCGUCUCCUCCACCUCCUCAACAAGGACGCGGGGAAAGCUGGCGGCGAGCACCCGGGUGACCUACACAGGAGCCUGCUGAGCCUGGAGCCACGCCAGCAGGCAGCCCGGGAGGAACAGGCGUCUCUCACUGCCAGCAGCAGGCUCUGGUGGUCGGCAGAUUUGUUUUCCAGUUGUCACUUGUCCUCGGGCUUCCCCCAAGGGCAAGGCUGAGCUGCAGCUAUUGGAUCUCCUGGUGCUUUUCGGGCUUGGGUCAGGCAGGUUUACACCCCACUCAUACCAGGGAUGAUCCUCACAGGGCAUGCCCUGCCAUUGCACCUGCAGGAGCUAGGGCUGACCACCCUACAAGCAGAGGGGAAGGAAGGUGGCCACUGGCACCACAGCAGAGCCAGCUCUCACACAUGGCUGCUCACCAUGCAGCACCCAGUCAGAGACAGACACUUCUUUUUUUGGGUGCUAACACCUACCAGUGAGUCCCUGGGCCCAGCUGCUGACAGGCAACAGGCUGCCAGACCUGCACCAGAGAGCAGGAUUUGUGCUUUUGCCACCCUGUUCAGAAAGACCCUUCCCUAAGACUUCUCCCCUAAGCAUGGUGAAGGUUGAGUUUCCUUUCACUGCUGAACCUCCACCUGGACCCUUCCUCAUGCCCUUUUCCUCCUGAAAUAAUGUUCCUCCAUGCCUCCAACAGUCACAACUGGCCCACCUCCCUCUCCUCUCCCUUGUCACUGGCUCCUUGCUGCCAUCUCUUCAGGCAGGAGCUGAAGCAGCUGAUGAUGCUUUUUUUGCUCAGCAGGGAGACUGCAAUCACCCCCCAGGCUUCACCCACUGCCUGCUCAGCCAAGCCUGCCUGGCCCCACCUAAUGACCAUCCAUUACCUGCUGACACACAAAGCCUUUCAGCCCUGCUCCUCUCCACUUUGCCCUACCUCUAAUUCCAGCUUUGGCCAACACACCCAUCUGCCUCCAACCUACUGCGUCAAUAUGGCCAAGUGUUUUCCCCCUUCAGCUGCCCCCUAAACAACCGCUUGGAAUAGGAGUUCAAAGCCAACACAACCCCUGGGAGCUCACUGGCACAAGGUACCACCCCUUUAAAGCCCCAACAGGGACAAGCAAAAAGAUGAAGUGUUGAUGUAAGGGUUUAUUCACAGGCAGUUGCACGGGGAAACAGUGAAGGGAUAUUUCACAACCCAAAGAAAGAAAGAAAGAGGAGUGUCUCUCUGCAGCACUGCAAGACAGGUCACAGUGUCUCCAAGCCACAAGUGGCCUUGCUCAGCAUCACGACUGCAGGCAGGUGCCUGCUGAGCUGUCAGUCCUGCUUGUGCUAACACAGACACCCACUGAUUGUGCACAAAGGCACAGCCAGGGUUAGGAACAGAUACACGUGGUCUGAGCAUGGGAUCAACCUGACAAACAGCUCGGACAAGAGCCAUCCCUUAAGCACAUUCCAAAUAGCCCAAGAAAGCACCACAGAAAGGCUGAGAUGGGCUCCGCCUGCCUGGGUCAGACAAUUGCAACAGCCCAAGCUGCCAUCCCACUUGCCUUAGCCCAGCCUGCCUCCGAAAAACACACUGCUCACCGCAGCGCCACAGCCAGCAACCAGCUAGCUGCGUGCUGCACUGGGGACAGGCAGCAAAAAAACCAAGGAAAACACUCCACUGAAGAUCAAUUCAGGCUCCAAAAUGCUGACCAUAGACCAGGGCAAGUCUGAAACCAGAAAAUGCUUUAUUGGAAAGGUACAAAAAAACCAGUCACUGCAGCUAAAUUUACAGCAAUAAAUUACGUUGUGGCUGUCAAGAGAAGUAAUGGACACAUACACAGGGCUAUUCGCCUUACAAACAGGAAUCCACAUUGCUUGGUAUAUCAAUAAUUUAUUUUAUAAUAAAAAAGCAGCACAAAAAUAAAUAUUGAAAUGAAAUUACUGAGUAACCACAGAGGAUAGAAUGAGCUGGUGAUAAAAAACAACUUAAAACAGAAGACUUCUAUCAUUAAAAAAAUGAAAGCAAGUAUCCACCAUCUACAGAAACACCCCAGCAGACUGAAAUACAGACGAAGGAAAACAAAUCCACAUUACAAAAGUUUUUCGGUUUUGUUUUGUUUCCUUUUUUUUUCUAUUUUUUUUCUUCUUUUUUUUUCUUUUUUUUUUUUUACUUUUUAAAUAAAAACAAUCAUGACAAUGAAGUUUAAAUGAUUCGAGAGAGAAAAAACUGCCACCUUCUCCUCCUCCUCCCCGGGGUCUUGAGCCAUCCCUCAUGCUCCCGUGGCAUCGCGCCUGGCCCUGCCACAGCUCAUCUCCGCACCCGCCCCAUCCCUCCCCGGCCGUCCCAGCGCUGUCACCCAGGUCUCUGCCCUUUGCAGUAGAGUUGGGCAAGAGCAGAGACUUGUUUCUAAGGGAUCUGGAGCUGCCCUGGAGGGAAAGGUUCCCCACUCCCAACAGAGAGCACAGCAAACAUGUCUACGAGAACAGAGAUGCCCCUCCCGGUCCCUGCACGCUUUUCGUCUUCUCCUGCCUCCCGCCCAGCCCUCGGUUCCCACGUCACGCUGCGGAUGGGGAGCAACCAAAGAAAGGCCAGGCCCAGGGGAGAGGAUCCCAGCACUCACAAAGCAGAGCCCCCGCUCCUCAGUGGGGUCGGGGGAACAAACUAAGAGGGGCAGAGAAGGGAGCCCCAGCAUCCAAACUACUGCAGCAAAGAGACAAGCGAGAGGCGCGGCUGCGGGGGAACGCGCCCCAACGCUGCCAGCGCCACACGCCGCACUCGCCCUGGGUGUCAGGUUAGCAAGUGCAGGACGGAGAGGGGAAAAAAAAAAAAGCCAAACAAAACAAAACAAACAAACAAAAAAAAUAAAACACAACAGAAACAAACCGAACCCCAGAGGAAUGCAACGCGACAACCCCAAGCUGGAGGGCCCUCCAGGGAGGAGGGUGGAGGAGCUGGGUCUCCAACGCGGUCAACAGCUUUCGGGUCAUUCCUCCCUCCACGUUACCUUGCAAUUCUGAUCCCUCUGUGGAAGUUUAGCCAGGACAUUUCAUUCCCCUCCAGGUCACCACCCAGGGAGCCCUGGACUGGCAAUUUCUUUUAAUAAAGAUUUACAGUAUCAAACUUGGAAAAAAAAUUAUUUUUUU